CGUUGCGUGCUCGCUCGCGCCAGGCGAGUCUCCGCGUCUCCCUCGCGAACUCGGUGAAAGGAAUUGGCGCCGUUCGACACCAGGCGGGUCCGCUCUGCAGCACGAACCCACCUCCAGCCGCAGCCGCAGCCGCCGCCCGGGCCGAGGAGCAGCCGCAGCAGCCGCCACCAGUGGCCGAGUGAGCGGAGCCGAGUUUGAGCCAGCGCCUAGCGGUGAAUCGGGGCCCUCACCAUGAGUUCCUCGCCUGUUAAUGUAAAAAAGCUGAAGGUCUCGGAGCUGAAAGAGGAGCUCAAGAAGCGGCGCCUUUCCGACAAGGGCCUCAAGGCCGAGCUCAUGGAGCGACUCCAGGCCGCACUGGACGACGAGGAGGCCGGGGGCCGCCCCGCCAUGGAGCCCGGGAACGGCAGCCUAGACCUGGGCGGGGAUUCCGCCGGGCGCUCGGGAGCAGGCCUCGAGCAGGAGGCCGCGGCCGGCGGCGACGAGGAAGAGGAAGAGGAGGAAGAGGAGGAGGAAGGGAUCGCCGCCCUGGAUGGCGACCAGAUGGAGCUAGGGGAGGAGAACGGGGCCGCGGGGGCGGCCGACGCGGGCCCGAUGGAGGAGGAGGAGGCCGCCUCGGAAGACGAGAACGGCGACGAUCAGGGCUUCCAGGAAGGGGAGGAUGAGCUCGGUGACGAGGAGGAAGGCGCGGGCGACGAGAACGGGCACGGGGAGCAGCAGCCUCAACCGCCGGCGACGCCGCAGCAACAGCCCCCACAGCAGCGCGGGGCCGCCAAGGAGGCCGCGGGGAAGAGCAGCGGCCCCACCUCGCUGUUCGCGGUGACGGUGGCGCCGCCCGGGGCGAGGCAGGGCCAGCAGCAGGCGGGAGGUAAGAAGAAGGCGGAAGGCGGCGGAGGCGGCGGUCGCCCCGGGGCUCCGGCGGCGGGAGACGGCAAAACAGAGCAGAAAGGCGGAGAUAAAAAGAGAGGGGUGAAAAGACCUCGAGAAGAUCAUGGCCGUGGAUAUUUUGAGUACAUUGAAGAGAACAAGUAUAGCAGAGCCAAAUCUCCUCAGCCACCUGUUGAAGAAGAAGAUGAGCACUUCGAUGACACAGUGGUUUGUCUUGAUACUUAUAAUUGUGAUCUACAUUUUAAAAUAUCAAGAGACCGCCUCAGUGCUUCUUCCCUCACUAUGGAGAGUUUUGCUUUUCUUUGGGCUGGAGGAAGGGCAUCUUACGGUGUGUCAAAAGGCAAAGUCUGUUUUGAGAUGAAGGUUACAGAGAAGAUCCCAGUAAGGCAUUUAUAUACAAAAGACAUUGACAUACAUGAAGUUCGGAUUGGCUGGUCACUAACCACAAGUGGAAUGUUGCUUGGUGAAGAAGAAUUUUCUUAUGGGUAUUCUCUUAAAGGAAUAAAAACAUGCAACUGUGAGACUGAAGAUUAUGGAGAGAAAUUUGAUGAAAAUGAUGUGAUUACAUGUUUUGCAAACUUUGAAAGUGAUGAAGUAGAACUCUCCUAUGCAAAGAAUGGGCAAGAUCUUGGCAUUGCCUUCAAAAUCAGUAAGGAAAUUCUUGCUGGAAGGCCACUCUUUCCGCAUGUUCUCUGUCACAACUGUGCAGUUGAAUUUAAUUUUGGUCAGAAGGAAAAGCCAUAUUUUCCGAUACCGGAAGAUUAUACUUUUAUCCAGAAUGUCCCCUUAGAGGAUCGAGUUAGAGGACCAAAGGGGCCUGAAGAGAAAAAAGAUUGUGAGGUUGUUAUGAUGAUUGGUUUGCCAGGAGCUGGGAAAACCACCUGGGUUACUAAACACGCAGCAGAGAAUCCUGGUAAAUACAACAUUCUUGGAACAAACACCAUAAUGGAUAAAAUGAUGGUGGCAGGGUUUAAGAAGCAGAUGGCUGAUACUGGAAAACUGAACACACUGUUGCAGAGAGCUCCCCAAUGUCUUGGAAAGUUUAUUGAGAUUGCUGCCCGUAAGAAGCGAAAUUUCAUUCUGGAUCAGACAAACGUGUCUGCUGCUGCCCAGAGGAGAAAAAUGUGCCUGUUUGCAGGCUUCCAACGAAAAGCUGUUGUAGUUUGCCCGAAAGAUGAAGACUACAAGCAAAGAACACAGAAGAAAGCAGAAGUCGAGGGAAAAGACCUACCAGAACACGCAGUCCUCAAAAUGAAAGGAAACUUCACGCUGCCCGAGGUAGCUGAGUGCUUUGAUGAAAUAACCUAUGUUGAACUGCAGAAGGAGGAAGCCCAAAAACUUCUGGAGCAAUAUAAGGAAGAAAGCAAAAAGGCGCUUCCGCCAGAAAAGAAACAGAACACUGGCUCGAAGAAGAGCAAUAAAAAUAAGAGUGGCAAGAAUCAGUUCAACAGAGGCGGCGGCCACAGAGGCCGUGGCGGCUUCAACAUGCGCGGUGGCAACUUCCGAGGAGGAGCUCCUGGGAACCGCGGCGGCUAUAACCGGAGGGGCAACAUGCCCCAGAGAGGUGGCGGCGGCGGGGGCAGCGGCGGCAUUGGCUACCCGUACCCUCGUGGCCCUGUGUUCCCCAGCCGAGGCGGCUACUCCAACAGAGGCAACUACAGCAGAGGUGGGAUGCCCAACAGAGGGAACUACAACCAGAACUUCAGAGGACGAGGAAACAAUCGCGGCUACAAAAAUCAAUCUCAGGGCUACAACCAGUGGCAGCAGGGUCAAUUCUGGGGUCAGAAGCCAUGGAGUCAGCAUUAUCACCAAGGAUAUUAUUGAAUACCCAAAUAAAACGAACUGAUACAUAUUUCUCCAAAACCUUCACAAGAAGUCGACUGUUUUCUUUAGUAGGCUAACUUUUUAAACAUUCCACAAGAGGAAGUGCCUGCGGGUUCCUUUUUUAGAAGCUUUGUGGGUUGAUUUUUUUUCUUUUCUUUUUUGUACAUUUUUAAUUGCAGUUUUAAAGUGAAUCGUAAGAGAACCUCAGCAUUGUGCACGAUAAGAGAAUGUGUCAGUAUUUCAGGGUUCUACAUUUUAUCUGUAAAAUGUGACUUUUUUUUUUAUCACAACAAAAGUAAAAUGUUGCUUUGUACCUGGUGUCUUUUAUUAAGAAUUUACUCCCCCCAUUUCUCACAGAGAUAACAGUCGGGAGUCAUUGUCACAAUAUAAUAGAAAUGUUAGCAACCAGAUUCAUGUAAGGACUAAGUAGUCCUCAUGAAUUGCAUAAGACUCUGUACUGCUCAUAGUACACUCCAUCCUCUCUGUAGUUUGCUGAGUAGUGGAGGGGGAAGGCUUCAAGAGUAGUUUCCGACAAUAACUGGGAAGGCUUUUUCUUUUUUUAAACAACAAUGGAAUUGGCAUAAUUGGGAAUGAAGAUAAAACUUGGAACCAAGAUAGAGAAGAUGGAGUGUAUGUAGAAGGGCUGUUAAAAAUGUAAAACUUGGUUGCAUUAUUUGUGGAGGCUCAAACUUGUGAAGGUUCAAUACCAUACUUUUUCCAUUUGUUCUGCAUUUUGAUUCUGAAAAGAAAGCUGGCUUUGCCCAUUUCUUAUUAAAAAAACUUGUUGUAAA